AUGUUACGAGAAAAUUUACAAAAUGAAAAUGAUGUCAAUGAGGUGAAUGAAAAUAUUCCCUUAGUGGGCAGAAAUAAAAAAGAUACAUUUUAUGACAUGCUUAUGCCUGAUAUAUCCUUAAAUAAAAUCAUUGUCUGGAUAAGUUUAGCUCAAGUUAUCAUUUACAUUUUGAGUUGUCUUUUGAGUGAAAAUUUAUUGGCACCCAAUGUAGAGAUAUUGAUGUUCCUAGGUGCUACUUAUGGGCCCUCCAUUAAACAGGGAGAAUUGUGGAGACUAUUAUUUCCAAUUUUUCUGCACGCAAAUUGGUGGCAUUUAAUAAUAAACAUAAUAUGUAUACUAAAUUUAGGGCUAGUAAUUGAAGGCAAAUACAAGAGAGGGAAAUUUUCCCUCUUAUAUAUCAUGUCAGGGUUUAUUGGAAAUACAUUAACGACAAUUUGUAAUCCAUGCCAGCUAGCCGUUGGAGCAUCAACAAGUGGCUUCGGAUUAAUUGGAUGUUCCAUUCUUGAAAUAUUUUUAGCUUGGAAUAAUUUAUCAAGAAAGGCUAAGAAGUACUAUAUUUUUAAUGUAUUUAUAUUUUUGCUAUUUUUUUUGUUUCUUAGUUUUUCUCCAACUGUUGAUUUUUUUGGACACAUUGGAGGAUUUCUCUGUGGGGCUUUUUUCGCUUGUCAUUACAACAAGUUUAUAGGAUACGAUUUCUUUCAAAAGUCCCUAUAUUACAGCUUUUCAUCCAUUUGUGUCAUAAUUGUUUUAUACUUGCCAAUUCGACUAUUUGUUACAGAUAUGCCAUGCAGGCUUUAUCAUUAG